ACCUAAAAAUUGCCUCUAUUAUAAGAUUGAUUCAGAUGGGCAUUUACAGUUUUAUUCUUUCCAGCCAAGAACUGGAAAUUCUGUAACUGACUAUUUGACAAGCUUUACCAGUGCAUUAACUGUCUGUGAGUAUCCAAGAACUUGUGGGGACUAUGGUGUCUGCAACGAUGGUCAGUGCAGCUGUCCUGAAGAGGCCAAUGUUUUUGCUCAGAUUAAUGACUCCAAACCCAGUUCGGGCUGUCUACCACUUAGUCCUCUCGUCUGUCCAGAGACAUCUACAAUUAGUAGCAGUCUACAAGAUUAUGAGUUGUUGGAGAUGGAUCAUGUGUCGUAUUUUACUUACUCUUAUGGAAAUGCGUCUGCCACAGAGUUGGUUUCAAGUGAUGAAUGCAAAACUCUUUGCCUCAAAACUGCACUUGCAAAGCUGCUUUUUUCAGGUAUGGUAUCUUUGGCAAUAGUUCUAGUGGUUAUUGUUAUCUGGAGUCCAAUGUCUACUCUCUGCAAAUGAACACUCCAAGUGAUACCUUUUACAAUUCCAGUGCUUAUAUUAAAGUUAAGAGAAUCUCCAUCUCCAAGCACGCCAAUCGCUCUGUUAAAGAUAUCGGUAUUGCUGUUGGUUGCGUAUUCGCUGUGCUGUUUCUCGUAUUGGGGGCAUGGAAGGCGAAAUCUGGAAAAUGCAAUACAGGGGAGAAAAGUGAUGAGCGUGAGGAUGAGGACGCUUCUCGGAACUGGCCGGCUGGAUUAACUUUUCGUUUCUCAUUCAAGGAAUUGGAAAAUGCUACAAACAAUUUCAGUACGAAGCUUGGCAGCGGGGGAUUCGGAUCUGUUUAUGAAGGCGUUCUGUCUGAUGGCACAAAGAUUGCAGUGAAGCGGCUGGACAGAGCAGGGCAAGGAACAAAAGAGUUUAAAGCAGAGGUAGAAACGGUAGGCAGUAUUCAUCAUCUUAAUUUGGUAAGACUGAAAGGUUUUUGUGCUGAGAAAUCCCAUCGAAUGCUCGUCUAUGAGUAUCUACCAAAUGGGUCUCUUGAGAAAUGGAUAUUUCCCAAUCAUUCAGAUCAAUUUGUGCUAGAUUGGAAGACCAGAUCCAAAGUAGUUCUUCAUAUAGCGCGGGGAUUGGCCUACUUACAUGAAGAGUGUGAACAGAGAAUUAUUCAUUUCGACAUCAAAACCCAAAACAUUCUCCUGGAUGAGCAUUUCAAUGCCAAGGUCUCAGAUUUUGGGCUUGCAAAGUUGACUAACAGAGAGCAAAGUAAAGUGAUAACUAUGUUGAGAGGAACACCUGGUUAUAUGGCUCCUGAACUAUUGAAUAUGCAUAUUACAGAGAAGGCAGAUAUAUAUAGCUUUGGUGUUAUGUUGGUUGAAAUUGUGAGCGGAAAAAGAAGCAGAGAGCUUACUGAGUUCCGCUUAUUCUCGGUAUUACAGAUGAAAGCCGAAGAAGGGAGAUUGACAGAUUUGUUAGACUCAAGGCUUCAAGAUGAAGCGGAUAUUGUAAAGGAAGAGGCAACCAAAAUGUUAGGAGUGGGGAUGUUGUGUAUACAGGAUGAUUUUAUGAGCAGGCCAGCGAUGUCAACUGUAACAAAGGCAUUGGAGGGGACGGUAGAGUUGGGCAGUUUCCUUUUUCCUUCGUUCGCUGCUUCGAACCACUCAGUCCCGCUCUGAUCUGAACUCUCGUACACCGCAGAGUCUUCUACAUUAGG